AUGUGGUUAAAUUUAUUUACCUCAGGUAAAAACAACAUGAUUCCUGAGAACCUGCCAAUGGGGAUUUUGUUCUUUUCUCAAACAGCUAUGGGAAUCCUUGGCAAUUGGUCAAUUCUUCUUCAUUAUGGAAUAUCUAUAAACCCUGGAAAAAGUUUGAUGUCCAAAGACCAGAUUUUAAAGCAUCUGACUUUAGCCAAUGCCUUGGUUAUUAUCUCAAGAGUAAUACCUCACAUAAUGGUACAGCUGGGGUUGCAGUAUCUCCUGAAUGACCUCUUAUGUAAACUUACUCUCUACAGUAAUCGAGUGUCCCGGGGUGUUUCACUGCACUGCACCUGCCUCUUGAGUUGUUUCCAAGCAAUCACAAUCAAUUUGAGCCACUCCAGGUGGGCAAAGCUUGCACACUCAUUUUCCAAGUACACAGUUCAGUUCUGCUCUCUAAGCUGGCUUGUGCAUCUUCUUUUAAACAUCAGGGCAGCUAUACAUGUGAUAGGACCAAAUACUAACAAAAAUUUCACUAGAAAAAUCAAGUUGGGGUAUUGUUCCGCAUUCCCUCUUGGCAAUACUAUAACUGUACUACAUCUAUUCUUGCUUUGUUUCACUGAUGGUCUAUAUUUGAGUCUCAUGGUAUGGGCCAGUGUCUCCAUGGUGAGCAUUCUUUAUAGGCACAGGAGUCAGGUACAGUAUAUCCACAGUCCCCAGCAUUCCCUGAGAAUGUCCCCUGAAGGCAAAGACAAAACCAUCUUGAUCCUUGUGUGCACCUUUGUCUUCUCCUAUUCAAUGUCCUUCAUACUAGUAAUCUAUACUGUGGUUUUUGACAAUCCAAGGCUGUGGCUAAUAAACAUAUUUACCUUUUUAGACACGUGCUUUCCUACAUUUUGUCCCUUUAUCCUUAUAAGUAAUAAGCAAUCUACUCCCAAGAAUCAUUUUUCCUGCUGUAGCAGAACAUAA